AUGACUGACCCAUUCCUUGCCCCUCCUGACUUACGUUACGCAUUGUUUUGUCCGGGCUCGCUGGUGAUUUCUGUUGGACGUGCUCUCCUUAGGAUGGCGGCCAAGUGUGCUGUUCACAAGUCUUCUCUAGCCGGUGCCACUUCCAACCUGGCCGCAGCCACCCUCGUGUCAUGCCCGACGCAUUUUCCGGGUGGCAGUGAUCACUUUCCCCCUCCACAGCCCACAUGGACUUUUCCCAUUGUGGUGCGACAUGGUCUCUGGGCACUGUGCUCGAAGACCGUCCCAAGCUGUGUCUCAGCAUUCUGUUCUCUUAUAGUUGGCCUUUGCGAGUGCAUCGCCAGGCAUUUUAUAUCAAUACCCACAAUACAUAGUGAUUGCAUUGACUUGGCUAUCUACCGAUCUCUGUAG